UUGUAGCUAAAGCAGCGGCGGGAAUAGCAGCUGCAUUUCUUUUCUCUUUCUCCCUUCACAUUCCAUUAUCAUAGUGCUCCCAUGGAGAAGCAGGGAAUAAAGGGGCACAGGUACUGAUCUUCAACAGCAACUUAGACACUCUGGCAAGCCAAGAGCCUGAUGAUUUUUUCCUUUUUUCAAAAAACAAAAGCAAAAGCUAAUCAAGAAUCUAGUCAAUCAGGAUGCCUUGAGACAUAUACAGCAUCUGGUGGAGGAUUAACAUACAUACAUCUCUAUGUAUGCGUCACAUAUAUAUUUACUGCAAAUGGUGGGAAUCAUUUAAGACCCGAAAUGGGCGACUUGAAGUCGGGCUUUGAAGAGGUGGAUGGCGUGAGGCUCGGGUACCUCAUCAUUAAAGGAAAGCAAAUGUUUGCACUCUCCCAGGUUUUCACAGACUUGCUGAAAAACAUUCCAAGGACCACCGUACAUAAGCGAAUGGAUCAUCUGAAAGUGAAAAAGCAUCACUGCGACCUGGAGGAGUUGAGGAAACUCAAGGCUAUCAACAGCGUUGCCUUCCACGCAGCCAAAUGCACUCUGAUCUCCCGGGAAGAUGUGGAAGCUCUCUACACUUCUUGCAAAACCGAACGAGUCCUCAAAACCAAGCGGAGGAAAGUCAGCAGGGCUUUGUCAACAAAGGAGCUCCAACCGGAACACGCCGCCGCCGACCCUUACCCCGGCUUUUGGAAGGACAACCACCAACUUUGGCUGGGAUUGAAUGAAUCGGCACAGGCUCUGCCAAUCAGCAGGCAGACUCUGCGUCCGGGGGACGCCGCCUCGCUACCGGCCGUCGAUCUACCUCAGAUUUUUAGCAAAUCCCCGGGUCAGCGCUACCCGGAAAUCGCGCGAUCGCCUUGCAAACCCCCCCUAAACUAUGAAACUGCUCCGGUUCCCGGGAAUUACAUCACCUUCCACUCAGAUCCCCCGUAUUUUCGGAGCCUGCUCUGCAGCAAACACCCGGCGGCGGCGGCGGCGGCAGCAGCAGCAGCGGCCGCCGCCGCCGCCGCCUACUACCAGUCGUCCGCAGCCCUUCCGCAGCCCAAGCUCGGGGCCGGGGCCGCGGGAAGCCCAGUCAGCUUGACUUACAGAUACAAGCGGAAGCGAGCCUGCGAGGUGGGCGGCAAAGACUGCCUGCUGAAUCCCCACGCCAGCGCCCGGCGCCUCCUCAUCCUGCCCAGGUCCUACAAAGCCAAGGCGGCGGCUGCGGCUGCUGCUGCUGCGGCGGCGGCGGCAGCCGCAGCGGGGGCCACUUGUCUGGAACGGUUUCACCUAGUCAACGGCUUCUGUCCCCCUCACCACCACCACCAUCACCAUCAUCACCACCACCACCCGCGGCAGCAGCAACAACAACAGCAAGAGCAGCCACCCCCGCCACCACCACCACAACCUACCCACCACCCUCCGCACCUCCCCCAUCACCAGCCACAGCCGCCGCCGCCGCCGCCGCCUCAGCAGCAGCAGCAGCAGCAGUCACAUCUGGGCAGCUUCCCCGAGAGUUACAGCAGCGACUCCGAAUCCAGCUCAUACUCGGACCAUGCAGCUAACGAUUCGGAUUUUGGCUCCAGCCUAUCCAGUACCAGCAACUCCGUGUCCUCCGAAGAGGAGGAAGAAGAGGAGGAGGGAGAGGAGGAAGAGGAAGAGGAGGAAGAAGAGGAGGAGGAGGAGGACGGGAGUGGCCUGUCGGACUCGAGCGAGGUUAGCUCAGAGGAAGAGGACACGUCUUCGGACUCGGAUUCCAGCUCCGGCUCCAGCCAGGUCUCAGUGCAGAGCAUCCGUUUCAGGCGUACCAGCUUUUGUAAACCCCCCAACAUGCAGGCACAGGCCAACUUCUUGUACCACCUGGCCACCACCGCUACUGCAACCAAACCCGUUGCUUUCGAGGAGGCCGGCAAGCUGCCCGACCUCAAAAGUAAUGUCAAAGCAGAAUCGCUAGAGGAUUGGAGUCAUCAGAGCUGGGCACCCAAAGAGCCUCCCGUGUGCUGCCCGGGCAGCCUGGGAAGUUGUUUCACAGAGAUAAGGAACGAUAGGGUAUCUGAGAUCACAUUCCCACACUCUGAAAUUUCCAAUAACCUAAAGAGAACUGACCUGACAAUUAACUGCGCUGCAGAGGGGGCCUCUUCACCUAGCCCAAAGACAAACAAUGCAUUUCCACCACAAAGAAUACUCAGAGAGGGGAGGAAAUGCCUGCAAGCUACUACUACUCACUGUGCAGAUAACAAUACCAUACCUUCUAGGUUCUUAAAUAAUGAUUCUUUUGCUGCUACUGCAGCAAAUUCAGAAAAAGGUUCCAAAACCCCACAUUGUACUGAAUUUGCCACGGAUUUGCCCCCUUUACAAACUGAUCCUGAGGUGGAUGCUGCUGUCGCUUCUGCACACUCAGAAUCAGCAGCAGCAGCAGCAGCAGCAGCAGCAACAAAAACAGAAACUCCGUGCCCUGACUUAGGCAAUAAAGCAUUGCCAUUUCUGCACAAUAUUAAAAUCAAAAUAGAGGACAGUAGUGCUAAUGAAGAAUAUGAACCUGACCUUGUUAAACAUAAGCUAAAGUGUGAGUGCAAUGAUACAAAGGGUGAGUUUUACAGUGUGACUGAAAGUAAGGAGGAGGACGCUUUGUUAACAGCCAAGGAAGAUUUUGCAUGCACUGAAAAAGAAACCACUUCCUUAAACCCACUGACUCAGAGUCAGGGCCUUUCAUGCACUUUAGGUUCUCCAAAACCUGAGGAUGGGGAGUAUAAAUUUGGUGCAAGGGUGAGAAAAAAUUACAGGACACUGGUGCUGGGAAAGCGACCUGUACUGCAGACUCCUCCAGUCAAACCAAAUUUGAAAUCAGCUAGAAGCCCUCGUCCUACAGCUUACCAGGUAAAGGAGUCUGCGGAGGCAACUGUGGCCUCUUCUUACGAAAUCUUGUCACCUGGAUAUCCGAAUAUCUGAAAGGAAAUCCUUGGAGAAACCCGGGUCCCCCGCACUGAAGACCUCUCCGGAACUACGAAUAGAGAGGCCCACAAUACCCCUCACGUUCACCCUUGAGCGUUUAUUUGAUUACUCAUUUGAGCAAUGCCUGGCAAGCGGUACAUUAUGGCUUUAGCUUUGGGAGUUGUUCCAGAGCUGGAACUGAGGCAGAGGUGACGUAAGGACAGCGAAUGGGAAACAGGAACAGCAAAAACGAUUUGACCGAGAUAAAAACCAGUUAAAACUCUUGGGGAGAGGUGUUUUCUUCCCCUUCCCAUUCUCUACAUAAACGCCUUCUUAACUUCAAUGGGCCAGACUCAUUAGGACUAACUAGGGUGAAAUGGACAAGAGUGGAAGGUUGCAAGUAGACCUGGUCGGACCACUUCUGCGGUACUAAAAUAGAAAUGUAACUAACAUUCAUCUAGACAAACUAAUUUUUGACAGAGUUACGUUACGAUUUUCUUUCAAGAGAUUCUUUGGGGAUUCCCCCCUUCCUUUUUUUUUUCUUUCGGAGAUGUAACUCAGUCUAAAGGCAGAAAUAUAAACACACAGUCUGUUUGGCGGAAACCCCUUAACAGUUAUCUUCCAAUGGAAGAUCAAGACACUUUGUGAAUUUUCCCUAGAUAAUGCCCAUAUUCCGAAUGACUGAUCAGAGAACUCCCGUAUUGUUAAGUAAAAUGAGAGGAAGGCGAGUGACGUGGGAGUCGAACAAUGGCAUUUCUGAAUCAGUUUGCUUGAUUGACAUUUGGGGGCUUCGUGACCCCAGGGAAUAGGACUCAUUACCGUGAAUACACCAAAACAUCAACCAAGAUUAGAACUCUAGAUCCUGUUUUAAUCCCAUUUCAGUCUAAAUUAUAGUGGGAAAAUAUCAGAUCUGGGAGGAGAAAGAAAGAAUAACUCCUUCACAUACUGAUUGAACCUUUUAAUUGUAUUAAGAAGAGAAAAUGUGAACCUUAAAGCAGAAAUAGUUUUAACAUCUUAGCAGUAACAUCGACGAUUAAAUAAAAUGCACAGAUAGGAAGGGUUCCUAGGAACAAUUGUGUGGGACAAAACAUUUCAUGGUAUGGAGAGAGAUGCUGUUGAGGAAAUGUCUAGUCCCUCCCCCCCCCCCCCAUGUUCAUUAUAUAUAACAGCAAAAAAAAAAUUUUUUUUUUUUUUAGACUGGGCAGUCUAUAAACACAUUUUAAUUGUGAAGUUUAAUUCUGGAACACACUGACUCAGAAAAUAAGUAGAUUCUUUAAAUGAUCUGAUCCAAUCUCCCUUUUUGAUUAUCAAGAUUUUCUUGUUUCUUGGGGGAGGGGAGGAUUUUUUUUUUCCAUGCAGAAAAGUUGUGUUAACAUGCAAAUGUGACACAGGAAAUUGUGAAUGUUGAUCUUGAAUUCUUGGAAAAUGGAAUGUGUCUGAACAAAAUCUAUUUUUAACCAAAUAGAGUGAGAUCAUGCAGGUUGUAUGUUAGAUAAGAGUACAAUGUAUAACAACUUCAAGCAAAGAAUUUUUGACUCUUCAAUAGGACUCCGAAAGUUUAAAAACAAGAAAACCCUACAACCUCAAAUAGGAUAAAUUUUUUUAAAAAUUAUAAUUUUUCUUAGCCAGAGAUAAUUUUGUUCCAAAGCAUGUUUUUAGUCACAGUCUUGCUUUAAGUAGAUAAAUGCAAGGAAAAGUGAGUGUCACAGGAAGGAAGAUACCUUAUUUCAAUGAAUGAGUUAUAAAUAGAGGACCCGUUUGUUUUGCACGAUAUAAUAACGUCCCUUCCUAGUAUUUAGGCUUUAAUGAGAAGCCACUGUUGUUGCUUGGGAAGUCAGAGCCAUAGGAAUUAUUUAUGCAGCAAGUAGGAACAAAAAUUAAUUAUUAGGUUCUCAGUAAUCACCAAAUAAACUCUGAGCUUUCAGGUUAAAAAUAGACGACUAUCUCCAUGUUCAAUUACACAGUAUCAAUUACUAAUACAACUGAUGUUUCAGCGUCUCAGUGCAACUAGAUAUCAUCUUCAUAUGGAGAUAUCUCGGUAUUAAUUAAUGGCUGCUUUAUUCUCAUUAUUCACAAGGAAAAAUAGGGGUCAUGUCACAUUAAAAUUAAGAUUAUCUUAGUUUAUCUGGGCUCUUAAACAAAGAUCAUUCAAUGUAAUUAUAUUUCGAAUUAACGGAGGAAGGCAAUUUAUCUCGUUAUAUUUUGCUGGAAGACAGGAUAGAUUAGGAAUGGGCAGCAGUAACAUUCUGAGGAACCAAACAAACAUGUUUUGAGUCCUCUAAUAUUUUCUUUGCUAAAGGGAGAAUAAGGGAUACUGUUAGAGACAUGACUUUGCAAAGUCAAGUACUUUUUAAAGGACUCCGAUCGAAAUUCUUGCUCUGCAGCAAAGAUCCAGGUUUGAUUAAUUUUCUGUAAGCGACCUGACAGCACAGUUUUAAAAGAUUAAUUAAAACUGAAAUGAUACUGAACAGGAAUUCAACCUGCAGUGACAUUACUGGCGCCUUAUGGGGCUUUUCAUUCCGCCAACUUGUUCCCAAACCCAAACUGCCAGGGGUUUCCCGAGCCUAAAACACGCAACACUGGGAAUGUUCCCCUUGCCUCUAGGAAAUGAGCGCGGAAUUUGGCUAGGAGCCGGGGCAGCUUAGAUUGAAAUGUGGAGCUGGCUGCUAAACCCUGUGGUGGGUUGCCCCGCUGAAGCCAUUGGGGGAGGGAAACACUUGAACUGUUCACGUCCAGCUCAUUGGUAACCAACUGGGCUGUGCCAAGGGACCGGAGAAGCCGGGUCUGCGCUGGACCUCUACGCAGUGUCUCGGACCGAGCCUUGGCAACAUUUCCCUCUCCUUUCUCUUGUCUUUGAAUGCCUUUUUUGCUGGCCGAGCUCGAGCGUUGUAGGGCCUCCUUCACCUUGAACCACCGCGGCGUGCAAUGAAAACGAGCGUGUGCGAGAUUGUGUGUGCGGUGUCCGGGAGUGUGAGGGGGUGGAGAGUGGGGGGAGGAGACAAGGGAGAGAGGGACUACGACAUGACUUUUUAUACAGUCAGUGCCAGGGGCAGACGUGUUGUGCGUGUAAUUUAGGUGGUGUCUCUAGGACUAUAUUGUAUUUGUUAACUGUUGGGGAAUGUGUAUUUCUGUGUGUAUUUCUGCACAAAAUCUCGAUCAACUUUUGAAACCUGUUUAUUCAAUUUGUUUUGUCGUCCAUUUUCCAAGGAGCCGCGAGGAGACUAGCUAGCUAUUUCAGUUUAUCAAUGCCUUGCUCUCUUCCCUCUAGCCCCUUUGCCUUUUCCCCUCUCCCCUUUCCUUCCACUUA